UCGUCAGACGCAUGUGGUGGAAAUUUCCAGAGGCAGAUUUGCUGCAGUUAUAAAAAAAUUCAGUUCCCUGAAUCCACUUAUAAUAUUUGGUGGAGACUGCUUAAAUCCAUCAGCCUUAAGUUCAAUAACAAAAGGAAAACAUAUGAUUCCUAUAUUAAAUGCAGUGGGAGUACACUUCGCAGUCUUUGGAAACCAUGAAUUUGAUUUUGGUGUUGAUGUUCUGGAAGAUUAUAUACAACAAAUGAAAUUUCCAUGGUUCCUCAGCAAUGUAUAUGACAGAUUUACCUCUAAACCACUAGGCCAUGGCUCAGUAAAAAAAGUAGUUAAAUGGAAUAAUACGAAAAUUGGUUUAAUGGGAUUAGUAGAAGAAGACUGGCUGGAUACCUUGCCUACCAUUAACAAACCAAACCUAAACUACAUAGAUUAUGUCAAAGCAGGUAAUAAAAUAUCUGCAGAACUUAAAGCAGAGGGAGCAGGACUUAUAAUUGCUAUGACACACAUGAAAUGGAUUAAUGACGUCAGACUUGCCCAGAACACCCAAGGAAUAGAUCUGGUUCUGGGGGGCCAUGACCAUGAUUAUGGAAUCAAAAAGGUGAAUGGAACUUGGAUUGUCAAAAGUGGGUCUGAUUUCAGGAAUUUCUCAAAAAUAAAUAUAAGAAAGUUUGGUGCAUCAUUUCAGUAUACAUUUCAGAGGAUUGACAUUUUGAGGAACCUAGAAGAAGAUUCUUUUAUAAAAUCAGUGGUGGAUGAUUAUACUCAAAACCUGCAGCCUCUUUUAGAGGAAGUUCUUUGUCCCAUCGACACAGAAUUAGACGGUCGUGUUUCUACUGUAAGAAGAUCAGAGAGCAACCUGGGAAACCUGAUAACUAAUGCAAUGUUAGAAGCUACUCACGCUGAUGUAGCAUUACUCAAUUCAGGUACCCUUUGUUCAAACCAUAUACAUCCUGCAGGAGAUUUUACUAUGCAUGAUCUUUUAACUAUCCUUCCCAUUGUGGACCCACUUCUAGUAGUCAGAAUUACAGGAGGACAACUGUUGGAAGCUCUUGAAAAUGGAGUCUACAGAUAUCCAGCUCUUGAUGGAAGGUUUCCUCAAGUAGCAGGAAUGGAAUUUGGAUUUGAUCCAAAUGCAGAACCAGGGCACCGAAUUAUAAGAGACUCUGUAAAGAUUCAAGGACAAUAUCUCAAGAAAAACAAAGUCUAUCAACUUGCCAUUAAGGAGUACUUAGCUAAUGGAAAGGAUGGCUAUGUAAUGUUUCAGAAUUGUCCUAGGAUGUAUGAUACAGAAACUGCACAGAUACUUUCCACAGUUGUUGUUAAUCACUUUGAAUCUAUCAAGAUUGUGCAUGGCAUCAAAAAGUGCAUCUCCGGUCACUGAAUGAGUUUAAUUACUAAGUCAAAAUCAGCAUCACUAACAGCCUUUGAAACGAGAACAGAUAAAAGCACAUCAGUAGUUGCAGUGCCUGGCAUAGAAGGAAGAAUCUGUCACAUUUCCAAGGAAAUGAAGGAACACUUGCAACAACUAAGAAUGGCAAGGAAAGAAGGGCUAAACACAUUUCCCCCACUUCGCAAAGACUCUGAGAAUUCUGACUCUGACUGACUAACAUGAUAGAUAAUGUCACCAGUGCUAUAGUACCUGAAACCAUAUGAUCUGCUACUUCAUUUGUUAUAUGUGCUCUACAUAUUUAUUAGAAUUAUUUAGCUUUUCCUUCCCAUUGUAUUUAAAAUGUUCCCUGGGUAUGAGUGUUUGUUCAUUUGAAACAAUUUAAAAUAGUUCUUGCAUUCAUCAAAUCUCUCUCUAAGAAAAAUGUAGUACAACCAUUUUCUUGUAUUUAAAAUAAUAUACAACUAAUGUUUGUUCAUUUUGGAAAUAACUUCUGGUUGCCUUUGUUAAACUGAUGUUUUUCAUAUUGUUGCCAUUUUACAUAUAGCUCUACUUGUAAUUAUAAUGUUCACUACCCAUAAGUACUAGCUUAUAGCGAAGCUAUAUAAUAUUUACAGUAUUAAAUCUGAAAGUUAUUUUUGUCUACUGACAUAAGCCUAACUAAUGCAUUCAUAGAGAAAAUGCUUACACCGCAUCAGAGUAAAACUCAGAUUAUAGUAAUGGUCAAAGGAUGAUGCUAGACUGUGCUUGGCUGACUAUUGCAUGGCCACUAAAAUGUCACAAAACGGGAAAGUGUCAUGUCAAAUAUUCAUUGUUCCCUGUACGAUCACCACUUAGAACCAAUAAAGAAGAACCUGUGUACCCUCCUUAAUAUACUGAUGUUUAUAACUUGUCUGAUAUUUUACUAUGAUUAUCCAUGCUGCCUGUAAAGCCCGUGAA